AGCAGCCGCCCAGGCGAGUCUAACAUGGCGCUGAGCUGGAGAGGGCGCCUGCCCGGAGGGGGCGAGGCCGGGUGUCCCUCGCCGCUCCCGCUGGGGCCGCUGGUGCUGCUGGGGAGCCUGCUGUGGCAAGCGCGCCUGGCCCGCGGCGACCCCCUGAUCCUGGGCAUGCGGCUGGUGAGCGCCACCCCGUCCAUGCCUGACAUCCCCGAGCUGGGCAUUAUCCAGGUGCUGGAGGGCAGCGACAUCGAGCUUCGCCUCUACGGGCUGGGGCUGCACGGGCGCAUCUACGAGAUGGUGUCCUUCUCCGAAGAAGCGGCCCCGUCCAACAGCAGCGCCGGCAGGGCCAAUGCCACCUGCCCUGAGAAGACCCAGGACCUGGAGGUGGGGUCGCAGGUGUUCGACAUGCGGGGCACCACUGCGGUGGUCCCUGUGCGGGUCCAGAAGCUGCGGAAGGGCGAACACGCCAAGCGCUACAGGAUGUGCACCCGGAGUGGCCCCGAGCAGCCCUGGGUGCUCCUGGAGGGCAACGACACUCUCAUCGAGGUGUUUGAGGAGAGCCCGCGUUUGCUGCCUCUCUGGUUUCAAAUCGCUCUCAUCUUCCUCCUCCUGGUGCUCUCGGGCAUGUUCAGUGGCCUCAACCUAGGCCUCAUGGCUCUGGACCCCAUGGAGCUGCGCAUCGUGCAGAACUGUGGCACGGAGACAGAGAAGCGCUAUGCCCGCAAAAUCGAGCCUAUCCGCCGGAAGGGCAACUACUUGCUCUGCUCGCUCCUCCUGGGAAACGUUUUGGUCAACACCACCCUCACCAUCCUGCUCGAUGACCUCAUUGGUUCUGGCCUGGGGGCCGUCAUCGCUUCCACCUCUGGCAUUGUCAUCUUUGGGGAGAUUGUCCCACAGGCCAUGUGCUCCCGUCACGGCUUAGCAGUAGGUGCCAACACCAUUGUUCUCACGAAAUUCUUCAUGCUGUUGACUUUCCCCCUCUCCUACCCUAUCAGCAAGAUAUUGGACUGGGUGCUCGGCCAGGAGAUUGGCACAGUGUACAACCGGGAGAAGCUGGUGGAGAUGCUGAAGAUAACAGAGCCCUACAAUGACCUGGUGAAGGAGGAGCUAAAUAUGAUUCAGGGGGCACUGGAGCUCAGGACUAAGACAGUAGAAGAUGUCAUGACCCCACUGCACGACUGUUUCAUGAUCAACAGUGAUGCCGUCUUGGAUUUCAACACGAUGUCAGAGAUCAUGGAGAGCGGCUACACUCGCAUCCCCGUCUAUGAGGAGGAACGGUCCAACAUUGUGGAUAUACUGUAUGUGAAAGACUUGGCUUUCGUAGAUCCUGAUGACUGCACAACCCUCAAAACGAUUACAAAAUUCUACAAUCACCCAGUCCAUUUUGUCUUCCAUGAUACCAAAUUGGAUGCCAUGUUGGAGGAAUUCAAAAAGGGAAAAUCGCAUCUGGCUAUCGUCCAGAAAGUGAACAACGAAGGCGAGGGCGACCCCUUCUAUGAGGUACUGGGCCUAGUGACACUGGAGGAUGUCAUUGAAGAGAUAAUCAAGUCGGAGAUCUUGGACGAGUCAGAUAUGUACACUGACAACCGCUCCAGGAAGCGAGUGAACAACCAGAAAAACAAGAGGGACUUCUCUGCUUUCAAGGAUAAUGACACAGAGUCCAAGGUGAAGAUCUCCCCACAGCUUCUCCUGGCUGCUCACCGGUUUCUUUCUACAGAGGUGAAUCAGUUCAGCCCGACCCUCAUUUCCGAGAAGAUCCUGCUUCGCCUGCUCAAGCACCGUGAUGUCAUCCAAGAGCUGAAGUUUGACGAGGAGAACAAGAAGGCACCUCAGCACUUCCUCUUCAGCAGAAACAAGCCAGCUGACUACUUUGUCCUCAUCCUGCAGGGUAAAGUGGAAGUGGAGGCUGGCAAAGAGAAUAUGAAGUUUGAAACAGGUCCCUUCUCCUAUUAUGGGGUGAUGGCCUUGAGCCCAACUGUUACAACAACCCCAUCGGCCAAUCUCCAUCGUCAGUCUAUACAGAGAGGGUCCUUGUAUUCCAGGGUGUCAGUUUCAGAGGUGCGCUCCCCAUCUCAUGUGAGUAACCUGAACCGCUCGGCAUCUCUGUGCUAUCAUGAGCGCUCCGAUUCUAUCUGCUCCACCUUCAGCGGCAGUAACAACCAGAUCAAUUGCAAUGUCAGCUCCCAGUAUCUCUCAGACUUCAGUGUUCGAGCCCUCAUGGACCUACAGUAUAUCAAGAUCACACGCCUCCAGUACCAAAAUGGGCUCAUGGCUUCACGUCUGGAGAGCUGCCCCCAGUCUCCUGAUGGUAGCCUCCCCAAAUCGGACACCACCUUGCCUGCAAAGGAAACCCCAACCGCCAACGAAGUGAUUAGCCUCUUGAAUGAGAAGAACUGCCAGCAUUCCAAGACACGCCACAGCCCCCCAGACGAAGUGGUCUGACCCUGGCCCUUUGGCGACCAGGUUUCGCCCAGCUCGUCCCAGUCCUUUCCUUCCAAAGACAGCAAAGUGGGAAGGCGAGGGAAACACAUCAGUGCCCAUGAGAGGACUUUGAUCACAUAAACUACAAAUGUCAGGCUGUGGUUGCAGCCGGGGAGAAAGGAAGGUAAUUCCCCUGCAGAUCUCAAUGAUUUUUCUCUCCAAGGCACAGACCCCUCUACUUUCCAGGCAGGAAUUGGCUUGAUAUGAGAAUGACAGGCCAGCUGUGAAAGUAACUACUCAGCUGCCAACAAGACGAAUAACAGGUUCUGGAAGCGAAAGGGAAUCCUGGCUUCUGGAGCACCGGAACCUGAAUUACCCACUCGGAUCCAGUUUCACCCUGGCUCACAUUUCUGCCAGGUGAGGAUUUGGCGACCAGAGGAUUUUUAAAGGGAGCUUGCUUGCUGCUGUUUUUUCUAUGCAGGCUAUUUAUUUAAAGAGACAAAAAUGGAGAUAAAGUGAUCCCAUGGCCAGACAUGCUCAGAAGGCAGCGGUCCUGUUCUGGAGUUGGUCCAAUUCUGGUUCCCUCUUCCACAGAGCACUCAUAGCGAUGGAUCGUUCCCUGUCUCUGUUCGAAUAGCAAACAGGUACAGAGGCUGCACAGACAGAACUUGCCAUUAGGAGACGAGAGCCGUGGCUGUGGGCUACCACGACCCAAGCAGAAGUCUGCUGACAGGCAGGAAUCAUCUGCCCAUCUCAGGGAGUUCUGAUUCUUGUAUGUUGUCUGGGACUAUAUUCCGUUUUUCUUCUUCUCUCUCUUUUUUGUUUUGUUUUGUUUGUGGGCAUCAGGUAGGAGAGACAUGGGACGGUGGGUGGAAAUCCAUCCCCUCUCCUGCCUUCAUCCAGAGCUCUGUUGUCAGGGAUUGAUAUUUCUCCGCACAUGCUCAGUUCCAGGCUAGGAUCAUCUCAAGGUAUCAUUACAAGGCUGGUCAGGACAAGCAACAGGGUGAGGUGGUCGAAUCCUGAGAUAGUUGAAUGAACUGUUCCACUUGUCCAUGCAUGUUUUUGAAUGCUUUCCUACGUAAAAACGUUCCUGGCAAGUAGAAAACGAGUACAGCAGAGAGUAGCCUGGGUUGAAACCUUUCCCCCAAUGGGUAACUUUCUACAUGCAGGGAGGAUUUUUUUAAGCAUGGGAGCAUUUAAAAAUUGUUUCCCCCAGCAACAAUCUAUAAUGGUCCAGUCCAUUCUACCAUUUGGGGAUUUCACUGCCUUGUUGUGUUGCAGAUGCAGAACAGAACGGAACAGGAAUCCUCAGGCUUUGAAUUUCAAAGUGUCGUAGAAGCCUGCUUGACAGAUCUGACAGCAGUGCCAGAACUGGGUGUGGGGUACAGAUUUGGAUGGCGCUGGGCCCGUGAGGUUGUGUGCAGCAUCACGAAUGCAGGCUGCAACCUUUCGUGGCAAAUGCAGUUUCCAAUGCAGGACUUUCAAAACAUCUUUAUAUGGCCAUCAUGAUAAUAAAUUUCUUUCAACCUUGUUAAGCCUGAUUUGGAUCUCAGUUGAUUUUGGUUUACUUGUUUAGCCAAAUGGAGACAUUAUUCAUUAGCGUCCAUGAAUUUGUACAAUCUUUAUUUAUGGGGGAAACAGCACUGCAUGAUGACACUGAUCCUCUUCAUUUGUUUAGUGGCUUUGGAUAAAUCGUUUGCUCCAUGAUGAAAUCAAAGCACCCCCUGCCCCACAGGAGAUGCCAAUAGUCAGAUAUCAUGUGAUUUUGUUUCAUCCCAAACUUAGCUGAAGUCUGCAUUCAUGUCCCUCAGCUUGGUCAUUGCUGUCAUUUUGCCAUGUGGAGGAUUGGACAAUAUGUAGAUUCUUCUGCCUUUAAAAGCAAGACAUUGGAUUUGAGUUAGCAGGCAGAGAUGAGCAGAUCUGAGAAUUUUCAUUGAAACCUAACAUUUGAUAGAAUUUUAGGAGCAAUUGUGGAAAGUAACACAUGCUGCAAAGCUGACUUGGCAAGAGGUAUUACAUACACACACACCAGAUUGGGCAGGUUGCUCCCCGCAAGCCUAUGAUGAAUUGUCCAAGGCUGUUGUGUAAGAAGCAUGUGUGUUUUUAUGUUCGCCAUCCAUCUUACCAAGCAAAAUUCAGCAUCAUUUUAAAGCCACUUACAGAAUGCUCUAGAGAUUGGGAGACAGGCAUGCUUAUGAGGUCACAAAUAGGAACAUACCACAGAUUACUUUUUUCAGGCUUAAGGUGAAUCAUACCAAACAUAUGCAGAACUGCUUUACCAGAGCUCAUCCCAGGACAGAGAAGAGUAAGAGAGAGAGAUUUAUGGCACUCUUGGAUUGCCUCAAUCACUUUUAAAAUAUUGCAUCUGUCUUCACACUCAGGUCAGUUGCGCUGGUUCACUUCCAUUUGCUCUCAUGUAUUGUGACUAUACAAAGAGAUUCCAGAGACAGAAGGAACUCAGAAGAGAAGAAAAUACUUGUAUUGGCACUUAUUAAUACACAUACUCAAGGUCGCUUGUUAUUCUUCAUAGGGGGCAUUAAUUCUGCUGUGUCUCUCCAUCAGGUAUGAUUGGAUUCGUUCCCAAUUGCAGAGACAUAUCAGAAUCGUGUAGCCUUUGCAUCUCUAGAUGAGUUACUAUUCAGUCAGGACUGGCCUUCCAGUCAGGAGGCUAACUUGGAGCAGUAACUCAUGCAGAAACACAGAUAUGUAGGCAAUUCUUUUUUUUUUUCACACAGUGUAAGAAUGAAGCACGCCUCCCAUUUUAAUUUU